GGUCAGUGUAUCAGUACGUUAGUAUCAAAUUCACAGAAGCCACCAGAAAAAAACGUUAGUCUUUUCCCAAGCCGUGUCACUACUCUGUUGCAUGACUCCUGGUAAAACAACCUAAACCACUUAGACCUCGUGUUUGCCUUUAUGUUUGUCUUUAAAUGUAGGGCUUAUUCAAACCUGGGAAAACAAAGCUGGAAUUCAGACUAAGCUAGCAAACCAGCACUAAAUUACUGGGCAAUGUAAUUUUUAUCAUAUGCUAAUCAGCAGUGUUGACUCAUAAAUCCUAUGUAAAACAACAGUGGAGUCCCACGAGAGUCUGGGUGAAAAAAAAACCAGGAGCUUGCAGGCAUGUCCAGAGGAUAAGCAAUGGGAAUUGUACUGUCAUUCUUGCUCAGGUUGCUGUUUCCAAGCACCCCGUGGCUUGUGACAAAUCCAAAUCAAGGAUGCUGCUUCUCCAAGGAUUUUUCUAUUUCCCUGUGUUUGCAUGCCAAGAAUUUGCUUUCAGGGUAGCCAGAUCUGAAAUGCAUGUGAAGAUCAGAGAAUGCAGCUCCAGUGCUGGCAUGGUGCUGCCAGGGAAACGGCCGGGCUGGCCCCGGAGCAGCUCCCUCCCUUGCCACAGGCAUUGUGCUCCAAGUCAGCCUUGUGAAUCCUGAAUGGCAGGAACUGGGUGUGACUGAGCCGUACUCUGCCCCAAAACCUUCCUGUUUUCACAGUCACAGCCGCCUAGGCUCAGCAGAAGAUAACCGGUGAAGACCUGAGCUAAACUUUCAAACUGAGGAAGCCUGAAUAAAGCACUUGACCCAUAGACCUCAAAGGGCUGGGCAGUCGAGAUAGGUGUGACCUGAAGAUGAAGCCCUCUGCCACCUAUGAGAUGUUAGUAAAUGGUGUCGGGCCAUGGGACUUCACUGGUGGUUUUGUUCCUUGUGAAUUGCUGCUUGUUGGAGAGGAUGCCUAUCCUGUACUUUUGAGCUCUAAGAAGCAGGUUCUGAUUGCUAUUUCACAGUAUGGGAAGGGCCGGAUGGUGGUUGUUUCCCAUGAAGGAAUCUUGAAGGACUCCAAGUUUUACCAGUUCCUCACAAAUGCUGUGGAGUGGCUCAAGCCUUCCCCCGAGGCCCUGGUUGGGGUCCAUCCUCGUUUGGAUUCCCUCUCCCAGCUGCUACUCGGGGCUGGCACCAAAGUACAUGUUGGGGCAGAGCUUAGUCCCUCCCUGGGGGUGUACUGUAUGGAGGCCUAUGACUGCACGCAGGCAAAAGACCUGAUUGAGUUUCUAAAGGGAGGCGGAGGGCUGCUUGUUGGUGGCCAAGCCUGGUACUGGGCUAGUCAACAUGGCAAGGAGAAGGUGCUGUUUGAAUUCCCUGGGAACCAGGUGACCAGUGUGGCUGGUGUGUACUUCACAGGAAAUGCUGUGGAGAAAGGCAUCUUCAAAGUUGCCAAGAAAAUUCCCAAGAUCCCAUUAGUUGUCCCUAACAUACAGGAGUCAUUUGGAAAUAGCAGAGAUAAGAGGGCCUUACACAGUAUAAUCUCUUUACAUUGUGGAGGCCAACUAUCAGUAAUGCACCAGGCCAACCUCAGCCGUGAUGCUGAGUUUCUCCUGAACGGUGUGUUGGAGUUGGAUUUGGUGACUGGGGGCAUACCCUCCACCUUACUGGUGCACGGCGAACUCUGCUUCCCUCUCUGCCUGGACAGCUCACACCGCUGCCUCUUAGCUGCGGGACGCUAUGGGCGAGGCCGUGUUGUGCUGGCAAGCCAUGAGAGCCAGCUGUUCUCCCCAAAGCUGUCCAGAUUCCUGCUCAAUGCUAUCUACUGGCUGGAUGCUGGGAAAAAGGGGCUGGUGGGUGUGGAUACCAGCCUGAAGAAACUGUGUAGCCUCCUCUCCCAGGGAAAGGUGAAGUCGCAGGUGUCACAGCUGACAGGCGACAUGAGUGUGUACUGCUGCUCUUCUCACGGCAUCAGAGAGGCGGAGAGGGUUCACACUUUUGUGGCAGAGGGAGGUGGCCUACUGAUCGGGGGCCAGGCUUGGUACUGGGCUUCCCAGAACUGCGGCAAAGCUGCUGUGGCACAAUAUCCCGGCAACAAAAUCCUGAAUCGCUUUGGGCUGAGCAUCCUGGGGCAGAGCACCAAGGCAGCUAAGUACCUGCCUGUGGGGCCUGGGGAGCACUACCACUUCCGCAAGGCACUCGCUCUUUUCAGCAGGCAUGUAGACAAGCAUGAGGAGGUCCAGGCCCCCAUGAAGGACUGGCUGCAAAGGCUAGCACAAGACUGCGCUGCCUUUCUGCACAUCCCAGCCCAUAACUGCCCUGCGUAUGCUUCGCUCCACCGCAUCCUGACCAAAGUGCUUCAGAGAAGCGGGAUCCCGCAGGUCAGCAAGCAGUGCCCUGUCAAGAGCAACUCCAAAGAGGCAGUCCUUCUGUGCAUGGCAACUGAGCUGUCCUUAACCAUGACAGACAGUGCAGCCCUAGUGCAGAAAUCUGCUGCUGGGGUCUGUGCCAGUCCUAUCACUGUGGAAAUUGAUGGCACAAACCCAGGUAAGACAGCCUGGAGGAGUACAGGACUCUAUGCCCCUGAAGGGCACACAGCAGUUAUAUCGUUCCCUUGCCAGGUGGUGAGUGCUGGCCUAAAGGUUCAGAUUGGGUGUCACACGGAUGACCUCUCUCAUGCCACAGAGCUGAAACGGGCCCCAGUGGUAAUACGCACAUGUGAUAUUGCCAGCCAGAAACAGACUGUUUCCUGCCUCUGGGGUGGCCUCAUUUACAUCGUAGUACCAGCAAAGAGCAACCUGGGAAAAGUGCCCAUCACAGUGGAAGGGGCAGUCAGAGCUCCUUUCUUCAAGCUUGGGGAGACCUGUGAAAGAGAGUGGAAAGCCUGUAUCCGGCACUACCCUGCUCCCUGGGCAGAACUGGCUGUGGAGAGUCUCAUCCUGACAGUGCCAUCUGACAGCAUCCGGCACAUGGAGAACCCACAGCCACUGCUGACCCUGUGGAACGAGAUCAUGGUGGCAAUAAGCAAAUUGGCAGCCAUACCAACAAAAUUCCCAAGGCCAGAAAGGAUUGUAACAGAUGUCCAGAUCUCAUGUGGCUGGAUGCAUGCUGGCUACCCCAUCAUGGGGCACCUAGAUUCGGUGAAGGAGAUGUUAGAUGUGAAGCAUAUGCAAACUACUGGUCUUUGGGGUCCUGUCCAUGAGCUGGGACACAAUCAACAGCAGCAAGGAUGGGAGUUUCCUCCUCAUACCACAGAGGCCACCUGCAACCUCUGGUCGGUCUAUGUUCAUGAGAAGGUGCUGAGGAUUCCCAGGCAUCAGGCCCAUCAGGCUCUGAAGUCACAGUGUCGGGAGGAAAGGAUAAGAGAGUAUCUGAAGAACGGUGCUCAACUGAAGGACUGGAAGGUGUGGACUGCUCUGGAAACAUACCUGCAGUUGCAGGAAGGGUUUGGUUGGGACCCCUUCAUCAAUCUCUUCUCUGACUACCAGAAAAUGUCCACCAUCCCAAAAGACAACCCUUCUAAGAUGAACUUAUGGGCACAAAAGUUUUCUCAGCAGGUGAAUAAGAACUUGGCUCCAUUUUUCACAGCCUGGGGAUGGCCUAUCAAGAAAGAGCUGUCUGUGGAACUGUCCCAUCUACCCAGUUGGGAGCAGGACCCAAUGAGAUCCUAUAGACCAUGAAGGGAAAAGAUGUAAAUCUUGAUUCUCAUACUGGCUGUGUCCUAUCUUUUUAUCCUUGUGUAUUGAUAGCUCGUGACAGCAUCCAUGAUAGCUCACUGGGUGCUUAGCUUUAGCUUCUUGCUGUCAAUGGAGGUCAACCGCAACAGAAAUUCAGCUGAAUCUUGUGUGUGGAUCAGCAAUGUUCUAAGCCAUUUUCUGAAGGGUUAAAUGAUGCACAAACUUUGUUCUGGGUUUUUCACCUCAGAAGGACUGUAAUUCUGAGCAGAUUUAGUUCUUGCAGAACCUGUCUCUUAUGAAAUGGAAGUUUUCUGGGUGGAGCAGUCACUGGAGCAGUCUCAAGGGCAAUACCAAUAGAACAUUGGAUCUUUAAAGUAAAUAGUAGCCUUCACAAUGUUGUAUUUUUCAACUAUAAUCACAGUGACAUGAGAUUUUCACUGUUGUUCUGGUUACCCUAAAAUCCCUAAUUUAAUUGCUCUAAGUAUGCAGAACUUCCAGCCCUACUAUCAUGAAAGUGACCUUAUAAUGCUUAUAUACAGCUUAUACAAUACACUGAAAUGCUGUAGAUUUCUUCGACAUUGUAUGACUGUGGCCCAACAUCCAGCUUCAUGUGCAUAAGUCAAUCAUAAGUUGCCAUAGACUGACAGCAAGAUACAUGCUAUGCAAGACAGAAGAGUGGAACCAAAGAGGGAAUUUGAUUAUAGUCAGAGAGGAGGAAGACAACAGUUCAUCAAAACAGAGGCCCAGCCUUUUCCAAGGAGCAACAGAACUUAAUGUUUUUGCUACUUUUUUUCACAAUUGCUUGGCUAUUACAGGGACUGGCAAACAUGUUAAUGCUUAGCCUAAUAGCAUACCAGUCCCAACCCAUUCCUUGUGUAUCAGCAGUAAAUAAAACAAUCAUGUGGACUCUCA